GGCAGAUAUCCCAUAUCAGAGCAAAACAAUUCACCAUGGCCAUAUCACCUGCAGCCGUGGCUGGACCUAGCCGCCCUGUGGAUCCAAUAUUGCAGACCAUAGUGGAGACGAACACCUUUGAGUGCGACUGGGAGACUCUCAAAGAUCAUUUGACAUCCUCCUUGAUAUCCACUGUACCCCUGUUCCUCUCUCAGAGACCUAGGAAAGCCUAUGUUCAUCCAGGAGGCACGAAUCUCCGUCCAGUUGAUAUUCGGGCCGCUUCUCCAUCCCCUGCGAGAGAAAGCUCGCGCCUGGAUACUGCGCCUCCAUCUGAUUCUCUCCUCUUAUCACCUGAUCAUCCGACGACCGAUCUGGAUCCACCCCUCCCAUCAUUCGGAUCAUCUACUGAAAUCAAUGGACUCAAUGGCGGCACUGGAUCAGGAUCAAGUGGAGGAGUAGGAGAAGGAGGAGCAGAAGAUGAUCCCGCAUCAUCACCUAAUGGGAUGGGACUCUCAUCAUCUUAUGACAGUAUAGAAUUCAAACCUUCUACAGUUGGAGGAUUGAUCAUACCUCCUUUCCCACCUCUCGACCCCAACCGAAAGAGAUCAGAGGGUUCUCUACCGCCACUUGGAAGCGUAGGCACUGCUGGUACCAUCAAAGCCAAUGGACACGCUAAUCGAUUCGAGGAAGAUUGGGACGAAGAGGUCGUCAUCGGCGGUAAGAAAUUACCUGAAUGGAUGGAUGAGGUGGAAGGGAAAGAAGAAGUCGAGAGGUUGAUAAACAUCUUGGAUGAAAUGGAAGAUCCCCCAUUUACCAUCCAACGUAUUGCCGAACUCUUGGUCUCACCGACUCGGAUUCACACAUCCCUGGGUAAAUUCCUCCGAGCCAUUGAAAAGUCUCUCCUCGUCACUUCAUCUUGGGAACCUCCCUCCUACAUCCCCAUGCCAAUGUCUCUCAUCGCACCGACGGAACCUGUCUUUUCGGCCGCGUCUUCCUCUGCAUCACCCGCUCGAUCUACGAUAAGUCUAGACGACGAAGAAUCCAUGAUGCCACGUGGGAGCGCGACACCCAUGUUCUCCCCUAUCACCUUCUUCCGUGAAGAAUCGACGGAUGGAGAUAUGGAGGUGGAUUUGUCUGAGCCCAUGACUGGCCAACCUGGAGAAGAUCAUCAGGCUGUACGAGCAGAAGAUGGGUUGAUGAGUCCUUUGCUGCUUGGUGAUGAGAGUCCGAAGCCGAAUGAUGGACCUGCAUCGGGAGAGAAUGUAGAUGGCGGAUUCAAGUUUGCUCCAGCACCUCAAGUCAGGAGUCCGACGCCAGAGCCAGAACAAAGCCGCGGUGGUGGUGGAUCGAGCGCGAACCCGAAUGCCUUAUCCCUGUCCGGCAGCAUAUCUCUAGAAACAGGGGAAUCCUCAGACCCAGGGAACCAACCGUAUCUGGGUCGAGUCGAUGAACUGGAUACUGGACCAAUGGUAUCUGCUCCGGAACUAGAAGGGGAAACAGCUCGAGGAGCAGGCGAAGCUGGGAACAUGGUGCAACAUGGGAUGAGCGAUCGUCCUGUCCCGCUUAGCAGUACGACGGUUGUCAAGGACGAAGAGAGGAAGAUUGCGCCGAAGCCAAAGACCCUGGAGGAGAGAUUCACAUCGGGGUCAGGGGUUGAGGAAGAGAACGGCGAGAACAAGGCUGGCGAGGCUGAAGCAAAGGAUGAUUAAAAAUUCUACUUGGGGGUUGAUGGACUAGGUGCAACACGAUGACGGGCUGCUCGUCAGAUGAUGCCAGCUCCCUGGCAAUUCGGUCUCGUCAUCAUUGUAUGCAUAGAUCAGACAGGAAU